AAAACAAGGAACCCCACGAGAGUCGCCCACGAUAAUGACUCUGUUUCUACAGUCCUCCCACUGCCACAAUCGUACCGCAAUCUCCAUAUUCUCCUCUCCAAUUUUCCUCUCUCUUUUUCAUUCACGCACGAGCGAGCAGAAUCAUGAUCGGUUCCGGGCGAAGACUGUUGGAGAGCCCUCUCGAAUCCCCGGAUCUUAGGGCUUGGAACGCCAUGGAAUUUGAUUCCAGACCGGCUCUGAACCACGAGAUCUUCAGGAGCUGGAAUGGCAGGCAGAUUCAUCUGAGGGACGAGGCGGUGGAAUUGGAAUCUGGAUUUCGUUUGAGCCCUCAACGGAGCCCUCAGUUCUACCGAUCGAAUUACCAGAGCCUGUCGCCGCCGUCGAAGGCUCGCGCCAUAGCUACUGGACAGAAGGAGCUCAUGGAAAUGGUGAGCCAUAUGCCGGAGUCGUGCUACGAGUUGUCGUUGAGAGACCUGGUGGAGCAGCCUAGGGUUUUGGGGCUAGAAGAAGAAACUGUAGCUGAUGAGAGGGAUUUCAAUUUGGGCGGGGAUCGAGAGAUUUUCGCGAUGGAGAAUCGGAAAUCGAAGAAGGGAAUUAGUAGGCCAUUGGUUAGUAAGAGUACAGGGAAUAUGGAGAACGGAGGUUUGUAUCUGAAAAUGGGAUUUCCGAAAUCUAUUGGAACGACUAAGAAGAAGAAGAAGAAGAACGAUUCUGCGUUGAAUACGAGUGCUAAAGUUUCGCCUAAACCUCCUCCUCCUGCGGACAAGGAUUGGUGGAAGAGAAGAUUCUCAGUUUCAUCUGAGAGUGAAAGCGUUGGUUAUGGUUCGAGUAUUAACAAUGGAAGCAUCAAGAGCAGUAGCAGCAGCAGCAGCAAUGGCAGCCAUGGCAGCAACAAGAACAGAACAAAAUCCGCCCGCAGGAACACAAGUGGAGGUUGCUGGUCAUGGAUUUAUUCAAAAUAAAAUACUAUGAAGGAGAUGAAUGAAGAGGCUGCUGCUCUGCCCUCCACUCAAAAAAAGCUAAACCAGAAGCCAUAGGUAUAUGAAGAUAUGGAAAUGGAAGCAUUAAUCUUACAGCAUAUGUAAAUUCCUUCCAGUUUUUCAACAAAAAUGCUUCCUUUUUUCUCUUUUUGUUCUUUGAUAUAUAUAUAUAUAUCCCCUGUGUUCUCUUCCGGGGCUCGUCUUCUUUAAGCUAAUUGAUAGAAUGAAUCUCCUCUUUCAA